AUGUGUAAAACCGAAAUUUGCGGAAUUUGUCAACAUAAAUCUUGGACUGGUUGUGGUAAACAUGUCCAUGAGAUAAUGGAUGUCACUUCUAAAGAUAAUUGGUGUACUUGCGAACCAUUGGAUAAAGAUGAAGAAGUUUUCAUUGAAGGACAUGGGGUUUAUCCACCAAAAGCAGGUCAAGGUUUGAGAAGGGGCAGUGGUUGUGGUUACCAGAGUUCAUCUCCAAAAUAA